CAAGGCCCUCUGGGUUCACCAUCACCUCCAGUGGUAGAGUUGUAAAACCCCCAAAGCGCAUGGCGACCGCGGCAGUCGACUCGGACCCUGAAGAUGUUUCAGUGGAAAACAAGGACUUUUCUGGUACAGCUAGUUCCGACUCUUGUCAACGUUCAUCUUCUGGAGAUGCUGACCAACAGAAACCUGUGUGUCUUAUUGUGUUGGGAAUGGCGGGAUCGGGAAAAACAACUUUCGUGCAGAGACUUACGGCACAUCUUCAUUCAGAGAAGUCCGUUCCUUAUGUAAUCAACCUAGAUCCUGCUGUGCACGAAGUCCCUUUCCCCGCUAACAUCGAUAUCCGUGACACAGUUAACUACAAAGAAGUCAUGAGGCACUAUGGACUUGGACCCAACGGAGGCAUUGUGACCUCCCUUAAUCUGUUUGCUACCCGAUUUGAUCAGGUUAUGAAAUUCAUUGAGAAGAAACAACACAGUCAUCGAUAUGUGCUGAUUGACACCCCGGGGCAGAUUGAAGUGUUCACAUGGUCUGCAUCUGGGACCAUCAUCACUGAGGCUUUGGCGUCGUCCUUUCCCUGUGUGGUGGUGUACGUGAUGGACACUUCUAGAAGUGUCAACCCUGUCACCUUCAUGUCCAACAUGCUGUAUGCCUGCAGCAUUCUCUACAAGACGAAGUUGCCUUUCAUUAUUGCCAUGAACAAGACGGACAUUAUCGAUAACAGUUUUGCUGUGGAGUGGAUGCAGGACUUUGAGGUUUUCCAAGAUGCCCUUAACCAGGAGACGUCUUACAUCAGCAACCUAACCCGCUCCAUGAGCCUGGUCCUGGACGAGUUCUACACCAACCUGAGGGUGGUAGGUGUGUCUGCUGUCACAGGCACUGGAUUGGAGGAGUUUUUUGUCCGGGUGGCAGAGGCCACCAAAGAGUAUGAGACGGACUAUCGGCCUGAAUAUGAAAGACUUCACAAAGAGCUGACUGAUGCUCAGAGCAAGAAGCAGCAGGAACAACUGGAUCGGUUGAGGAAAGACAUGGGGGCUGUGAACAUGCAGGCUACACCAUCUGCAGAGGAAGCUAACGUGGCGGGCCCCAGUAGCUUCAUCCUUACACGUGGUAACACGGAUGACUGGGAGGAGGAAGUUGACAGUGACACGGAUGAUAUUGACCACAAUGUUACGGAGGAAAGCAAAGAGCAUGAUGCAUUUGGCAACUUCUUGAAAGAGAGGAGAGAGCUGGUUCAGGUUCGAAACAAGAAGUCGGUGUUGCCUGAGGGACCCUGACCUCUAACUGCUGGCCCUCAUGGGAAGAUCAGUGCAUGUCACAGAGACACUGGAAAAAGCAAGGAAAAUGGACUACUAAGUACCCAAAGUAUUUCCAAUCUUUAUUCCACCCCACCUCAACUGAACCUGUGUGUUAUAGCUUGAUUUGGGGAAUAAUAUAAAUUGGAUUCAGUGUAGUGGAGCGAUGAUUGACUCCUCUUACCAAUUUUCCAUCCAUGUCCAACAACAGAAUGUACAGAGAGGCCUGUGAGGUUGAUUGCAUGUUUGUUGCCUGGAUUUAGGAGUUAUUUCUUUUGAAUGGUUUCUGCUCUGCCCACUAUGCAGUAACAGGUUUUCCAAAAUGUUCAGCUUCAAUGUGUGCUGAGUCGUCUUGGCAUGAUCUUACUAUUUUCAUCAAAAGUAUGAAAAAUGGCCAAUCAUUUUAGUUUUUCGUUUCAAGGCAACCUUCCAGUAUAGUUCAGAGAGACUUGGACUAUCCACUACCAAAAUACUUUAAUAUUCUGAAAUGGUUGUGUGCAGGUAGCCACAUUCAUUGAAGACCAGAGGGUUGUAUUUUGAUUUUUUGGAUUUUGAGACACUUUAUUGAUCCCCGUGGGAAAUUACACUCUGCAUUUAACCCAUCCUAGCUGUGUAGCUAGGAGCAGUGGGCAGCCGCCAUGCAGCACCCAGGGACUGAAGGUGUCGUGAAGGUGUGCGGUUGGCUGUGAGAUGUGUUCAUGAGUACACAAAUGAGUGAAUAUGCUCAUGUUAGACAGAUUCUCCCUCAAAUGUUAAGUUCCUGAAUGUGGUUCAGUGAUAUUUCUUCUUCUUCUCUAUUUUUAUAUGAAGUAGGUAAUUGUUGUUUUCGCUUCCUCUUUUUUAGUUUGACACACUUGUGAAAGCAUUGAGAUAUUUGCUUUUGUUAAAAUAAAAUUGCUAAAGCCUCAC